GCGACGCCUGUUCGUGUUGAACUUCAGCGUGCACGCACAGGUCUGCGCCAACGACAGAUAUCUCGACGAAGCCGCUUCAGCAACCUCAAGAAUAUCCUUCUCAAGAUCCAGCUGCUCCCACUUCCCCAGCUUCAUCCUUAAAUCCUUCAGUUCUUUUGGAAUUCAUAUCAAUCUAGUAAUCAUAUAGAUGCUCCAAGCUGCAUUGUGGGUGCUGCCCCUCCACAAAAGGGGGGUAUUAAAACAGCUAGCAUCUGGGCCGGACUGCACCCAGUGUGGAGGAAAACAGAGCUCUGAUGCAAGUUGGCAGGGCCACUUCUAUUGCACCAACUCAGAAUGCCCUUUGUACCUGUUGGGUUGACGGAAAGUAAUGGUUGGUCAGGGAUUUUUGGUGGAAAUCAGGGUACAGCUCAUAAUUACAUUUCGGCGGGUUCGAUUUUCGCUUUUUAUACACAUAUGCAUCUUAUCCAGGCCAAAAAAUACUGGAAAACCGCUCACUGAUCACGAUCGUCUUGAACAUGAAUCUGAAAUGUUGUGAACGGCUCGAUGGCAAGCCACAGGUGCCCGACACUGUGAUUGACGGAGCGUUGCUCCAAGAUUUAGCGUAGCCGAAGUUUAACCACACACCAAGAAUAACCACGACCUUCCCGCUCCAAGCUUCUUCCCUGUUAUGCAUAUCCCUUUGUUUACCGUCGUACCAUGGAACUUCCACCAAAAAGCGAAGAUGUAUUCACUCAAAUGGCUAGAACAAACCACCGCAGAAGAAACGAGGCACGGCGAAGUGCGAUGUUAGGACCAUGUCUCCUGCCCGACCGAGCGAUCAAUGGCCGAAGCUCGACUGGUCUCAGCUCCCUCACAGUAGUGCGAUCGAGAAGAUAAUAUCGACUGGUGACUGGGAGUACCUCCGAUCAGAAGCCUCGAGACUCUAUCCAUCAUCUCAGCAGGUUCCGUGUUCUAUUGAUCUUACUCGUUUUGCAAGCGGUCGCCAGAACGCAAUCUUUGAAAUAUCCUUCUCCAACGGAACAUACUGGGUCGCCAGGGUGUCCCUUACACAAGAUGUCGAAAUGCAGAUGCUCAGCGAGGUUGCUACGAUAAAGAUUCUGCUCGAAAAAACAUCGAUACCGGUGCCGUCGGUCUUAGGCUUCAACUGCCAGAACAAGAAUUCGUUCGGGUUUCCGUAUAUGUUCAUGUCAGCUCUCUCAGGACGGACUCUCGAUAAGACAUUCGCGCUCUCCGUCCCGGAACAGCAUAAACCCAAAGUUGCCGGCCAGCUGGCAAGAUAUUGGUAUGAGCUCAGCCAGGUUACUUUUGACCAGAUCGGCCGGAUUUGGGGUGGACCCGGAGCCGACGAUGACCUCCGCAUCAUAUCCCUGCCGUGCUUUGGAGCUCGGGAUUGCGAACCUGGACUUUAUGACAUCGGGCCGUUCAAGACUUCUGGUGCAUAUUUCUCGGGUAUCAGACAAGGCAUGAACAAUCUUCUUCGUGCCCAGCACUGGGACGCUUGGCCACAGUGGUCCCGACCGUGCCAGGCGCUUACAGACGUUAUUCCCUCAUUGACCAUAGCGCCACGACGUCGACGCGGGCCUUUCCCUCUUGCCCAUACAGACUUCCACUACGGCAAUGUGCUUUUAGACGACGACUACAAUAUCACCGCAAUUAUAGAUUGGACCAACGCGCAUACCGUUCCGGUCGAGGUAUUUGCAGCGUGGCCCGAAAUCAUGAUCCCUGGCUCAGCCUCGAACGAAGUAAAGGUAGACAAAGCCCAUUUCCGAGACUUAUUCACGAAGGCGCUUAAGAAUCUCGAGUCAGCAGCCGAAUCGGGGUCAACGAGUCUGGCGAUAUCGGGCUUAUUGGAUUCGUCUAUGUUGACUGUGGUUCAUCGGUGGCUAUUCACCGUGCGAAACGUGCCUCACACACUACGGGCCGCCUCGGUGUAUGCAGAUAUGGUACUGCGGGCCUUGUACGGCGAUGAAGCAACCGUGGAGAACUACAAAUCCGUACGGAGGAACAAAAAGAAACGCACAAGCGGAGGUCUCGGAACCUUGGGAUGUGGCUCUCCUGGAACGGGGUAAUUGUGGUGACAGUUAUGGCUACGCUGGCGCAACAAUAGGCCGGAGAGGGCCCACAUGGACAAAAAUAGGUUUGAGAACGUUAUCGUGAAGUUUGCCCGAAAUUCGAGAACCUCAAAUUUUUGGCUGGGGACGGAGCGAUCUUUACAGGCAGAUCUUGAUGUAAUAUACGAUCGUUGUAUGGACGAUCUUGGCGUUCAACACGGCAAUCGGCCGUUUGGAGAAAGGAGAACAGCAAUUGCAUAGACGAGGCGAGGACUGGGGAUCAGGAUUGCGCGGCGUAUUUGGGAGUUUGAACUUCAUUUCUUUUUGCUAAAACGGGUGUGGGUGAAACAGUACGAUACAAUGAUACCAGGGGUGCCAAUAGACACGCGACUUAUUGUAUAAUACAUGAUUUCGGCAAAAAUUCAGCUAGAUUGAUGAGACCACAAGACAUGAAAUACGACUCUCCAGCUCAGGCAGCGUACCAUUGUUAACAAAGAAGGGUUUGAAAUUUUG